AUGCGUAUGACGUCUGAAAUGACCGAUUCGGCCCAAUCUCAGUCCACGGUCUCAGACCCCCAAACAUUGCAAGACCACGCCAAGAUGUCGGGCCAGGCUUCGGAGGCCGGUGACGCCGAUGCCAAGUCGCGAUCCCAGCCCGCCCAGGUCCGCUUCUCGUCGAUUACGGAGGAGAUCGAACCUUCUCGGUCGAUGCUUUCCCCCGAAGCUCAAUCUCAUCCUGAGCAGCAAAAGCUCGGCACAGACGAGGAAUUACGUUCGCUUGCUAUGAGUCUGCAGAGCUCGCAACUCCAAGAGUCGCGCCUUCGGAACUUCUCUUUCGAUCCCAUGUCUCUUCCGUCCUCCAGGGUUGCAUCUCGGGAGUCUAGCGAACGAAGUGGACGCGAUGGUACCGCGUCCUUUGGAGCUUCUCCUCAUGCAUCUCCUCCCACCUCCGCUGUACAGUCCCCUCCUCUUACCCCAGCCGUCACCCAGUCCCGCGAAGGCCGAGCCAACGACAGCACACAGUCCUUGAAUGCUGUUAGCCGAGCGGCUAUCACCCCUGAAAUAUCUCCCCCAGUCACCUCCGGCGACAAGAAUGGCCCGCAACGAAGCGUGCCAUCCCCGAGACCUUCAUCGCACGACCGUUUCUCCAAAGUAAGCGGUGGUUUGGAACCGCUCCCCCCAAUCCAGGUGCCGAGGCAUCGUGCCCAAUUCUUCGCCGGAAACGACGCCAGUUCGCAAGAAGAAAGCCCGCCCCCGACUCCCAGGGAUUCCUUGACGCCGCCGGGGGCAAUUACACCGGUCGGUGAACCCAAUGAUCCCUAUGCCCGCAGUAAGCGGCCACCGCAAUCCAAGAAUUUGUCUCAGCUCGACCCCCGGUUUAUCUUCGGAGGGCGCGAUUCCAAGCGAUCGUUCCGCCCAGGAACUCCUCGGUCGGCGAGUGCCAACGAUCUCAGCAAAACCAACGACAAACGGGGACCAUUCAGUGGCAAGAAGGAGCACGGCAAUAAUGACCAGAAGAGCUCCCACCAUCACCACGGAUCUAUGUCCGAGCUCAAACGAUUCUUCAAAAUGGGCCACCGUCACAAGCGUGCAGACUCCCCAACAUCGUCACCCAAGCGUUCGAGCCGAUCAUCUGGAAAGAAUACUCCGUAUCAGAUGGCCCCAGACAACGUCCCCUUUGCGGAUGACCAUGGGCUGAAUUCCAAAUAUGGCAAACUAGGACGGGUCCUUGGAUCCGGAGCUGGAGGCUCUGUUCGACUGCUGAAGCGCAACAGUGACGGCGUCACAUUCGCGGUCAAGCAAUUCCGAGAUCGUCACAACUGGGAAUCUCUGAAGGAAUAUUCCAAGAAAGUGACGGCUGAAUUCUGCAUUGGUUCCACUCUCCACCACGGAAAUAUCAUUGAGACCUUGGAUAUCAUCCAGGAAGCCCACCACUGGUACGAGGUGAUGGAGUAUGCGCCAUAUGACCUCUUUGCCAUUGUCAUGACAGGCAAGAUGGCCAAGGACGAGAUUGCCUGCUCUUUUAAGCAGAUUCUCAGCGGAGUGGCGUAUUUGCAUGGCAUGGGGCUGGCUCAUCGGGACUUGAAGCUGGAUAACGUGGUGGUGAACGACCAGGGCAUUAUGAAGCUCAUUGAUUUUGGAAGUGCCGUCGUUUUCCGUUAUCCUUUUGAGAACGACAUAGUUCCCGCCUCUGGUAUCGUCGGCUCGGAUCCAUACCUGGCCCCUGAGGUGUACGAUGAGAAGAAAUACGACCCCCGCCCUACCGAUGUUUGGUCGCUGGCGAUCAUCUUCUGCUGCAUGACCUUGCGCCGCUUCCCGUGGAAGCAGCCGCGGACCACCGACAACUCAUACCGGUUGUUCGUGUCCACCCCAACCCCUGGCACUCCCGUUCCCGACUCCGAUCCUCGACGUCACCCCCGCCCCAAGUCGACUCCUGAUCUUCCGUCUACUGCCCAGGACCAGAAACGGCUGGCUCCUCCUUCGAGCGGCCCGAACGCAUCCGAAUCGUCCGCCAAACCCGCCGAACAGCCCGCUCCGGAGCAAAACGGGUUCCCGUCCGAGUCCGCUUCGAAGGACGAUGAUCGUUCGUCGGAUAGUGCUCAAAAGCAAACCAGCCAAACGAGCACGGGUGGCAAUGGUAACAACAAAACCACACGCACGACCAGCAAAGAAGCUCCACCCCUUCCGGCGUCUGCCCAGGCAUCUGCCCAGCGCCAAGAGGUGAUUAAGGGGCCCUGGCGGCUCCUCCGCAUCCUACCUCGGGAAAGUCGAUACAUUAUCGGGCGCAUGUUGAAGGUCAACCCGAAAGACCGAGUGACGCUCGAUGAUGUCCUGUCGGAUGAAUGGGUGCGCAACAUCCACGAGUGUCGGCAAGAGGGCUCAGGCGAAAUCAUUAACGCGCCUGGCCAUACCCACAUUCUUGAACCGCCUUCGCAGGCUCCACCUGUUGCCAGCAAAGGCCACAAAGCCAAAUAA